AAGCUCGCGAGAACAGCUCGCAUAAAAGAAACAUCAUGAAUAAUUCUACGAAGUUUUUCGAUGUUGCGUAUCAAGAACUUGCCUUCUUCCCAGAGGCCGAUCCCCGCACGGACGAGUGGCUCCUGAUGGACAGUCCUGGCACCGUGCUGGCCAUCUGUGGAAUGUACUUUCUGGUUGCCUGGAAGGGACCACGGUGGAUGGAACAUCGGAAAUCCUUUGAAUUCCCGCGACUUCUCUUCUGGUACAACGUCUUCCUCAUCUUUCUGUCAUUCUUCAUCAGCUAUGAGUUCUUCGUUGUCGCCUAUCAAGACAAUUACACACUGUGGAACUGUCAGCCUGUUGUAACGGGAAAUUCACCGUUAGCCAUGAGGAUGACCAGUACAGCCUGGUGGUACUUCUUCUCCAAGAUCAUUGAGCUACUGGACAGUAUUAUCUUCAUCCUUCGGAAGAAGAACAACCAGCUGAGCUUCCUGCACGUGUACCACCACGGCACCAUGCCAUUCUUCUGCUGGAUAUCGGCAAGAUAUGUGCCUGGGGGAGCGAAGUUUAUAGCGGGCGGUUUGAACAGCGCCAUUCACGUAAUGAUGUACUCGUAUUACGCGCUUUCCGCCAUGGGGCCAGAGAUACAGAAGUUCCUGUGGUGGAAGAAGUAUAUUACAAAGCUACAACUGCUGCAGUUCUCCAUAGUGAUUCUCCAUUCUUUGCGAGCAUUAUGUCUCAGGCCAUGCUCGUUCCCCAAACUAGUGAACCUGUUUGUCGUAUUCUACACGGGGACCUUUCUCUCCCUGUUUGCCAACUUUUACCGCAUGGAGUACCUAAAGAAAAGACAGCGUAUCAAGGAGCACAAACAAUAACAACAUGGCGGCUUGUACAGUGGCAACCGUUGAUUGGACAAUGACAGCGAGGCCAUCUAAUGGUCAAUCUUCAGUCUUCUUGGGUGGUCAUCUCUCAGGUGGUGUGGGACAAGCUCCUUCGGAACAGUCACGUGAUGAUGAGAAUUUCCGGUGAAUCAAAUCAUAGAGUCAUUGACUGCAUGUAUUCGUUAUGUAUUCACAUCUGAUAAUCUGAUCAACCAUA